AAAGCUACUUGCCUUCUCUCCCCGCGGAGCUGCCAUUCAGCCGAUGGCCGCCAGGGGGAUCCCUCUCGGCGGCCCCGCAGUAGCCGAGCCCCGGCCGGCGGCGCGGCACGCAGGGUGCAUGUGGGGGCUUCUUCCCAGCGGCAGUAACUGCAGCAGGAGCCCUGCGCUCGCCCGACCUCCAGCCAGUUCGCUGGGACCGCGCGCGCUGACCCGAGAGCCCCUCGCUUGGAUCACCGCGUCGCCCCUCCUGCCCAGAGGUUGCCCUCUUCCUCUCGCGCCGGCUUCAGCUGGCCCGGCUCAGGGAGUCGACAGGGCCCCGGGGCUUAAGAAAGGAACAUGAGGUUCCCCUGGAAAUCAUUCAAAAGGAAGAUGGAAGGGGCUGUUUAAAAGAGAUAAGAGCCGCAGGACACAAGACAGGCUUGAGGGCCGGUAGAAGAAAACCCUGUUGGGCCGCAUUUCACACUGAAUCGGUCCUGGUGCCUUUUUGCUUCCUGCAAAAGCAAGGGAGAUAAGCAGAAGACCAUGUCCAUAGCCCUGAAGCAGGUGUUCAACAAGGACAAGACCUUCCGGCCCAAGAGGAAAUUUGAACCUGGCACACAAAGGUUUGAGCUCCACAAGCGGGCGCAGGCAUCCCUCAACUCAGGUGUGGACCUGAAGGCAGCGGUGCAGCUGCCCAGCGGGGAAGACCAGAAUGACUGGGUGGCUGUGCACGUGGUGGACUUCUUCAAUCGGAUCAACCUCAUCUACGGUACCAUCUGUGAAUUCUGCACCGAGCAGACCUGCCCUGUGAUGUCAGGGGGCCCCAAAUAUGAGUAUCGGUGGCAGGAUGACCUUAAGUACAAGAAGCCGACUGCCCUGCCAGCUCCCCAGUACAUGAACCUUCUUAUGGACUGGAUCGAGGUCCAGAUCAACAAUGAGGACAUAUUUCCAACGUGUGUGGGGGUUCCCUUCCCAAAGAACUUCCUUCAGAUCUGCAAGAAGAUCCUGUGCCGCCUUUUCCGGGUCUUUGUCCACGUCUACAUCCACCACUUCGACCGGGUCAUUGUGAUGGGUGCAGAAGCCCAUGUCAACACCUGCUACAAACACUUCUAUUACUUCGUCACGGAGAUGAACCUCAUAGACCGCAAGGAGCUAGAGCCCUUGAAAGAGAUGACUAGCAGGAUGUGUCACUAAUGCUCCCUCUCACCCUUCAGAAGAAAAAGAAACGCCGUUUCCUGGUGGAGGCCCUAGCAGGCAGGAGGGGUCCUUGCUGGUUGAAACCACGGCCUCUGCCCGCAGCAGGAGGGGUGGAGACCCGCGGCCACGCCAGAGGGACAUCUCUCACUCCGUGUGCUCUUAACCCCCUGAGUGCUGCUAGCUGACACCCCUGGGCGGGGCAGCCCACCAUGAGAAAGACCAGGGCCACCUCCUGUUUCCUUCCGGCUGGGGAGCGGCCCAGGGAGAAGCCCUGCAAGCACACGCACAUCACAGCUCCGCCCGGGACCUGCCGCCGAAGCUUUACUGCACUUCAAGUUUUGAGACCGACAGGCUUAUUGGUAUUUUUUUCCACUCUGUCUUGUCAGCUGGCAGACUUUCCUGUCAUUUGUUUCUGUGAAUUUUGGAAAACUCGGGAGGCGCAGCAAGUUUUUCUCUAACAAGCCUUCCCUUCGAGUCACCUAAAGCUUCCACCCCGAUCCUGUGAUUUAGCAUUGCGCGGGGCUCUGGAGCUCUGGGAGUUUGGAGACCUCAACUGGCAGCAAGAGCACAAUUUCCCUAAAAGACGGUUUUAUCAGGGACCACUUCCCGGGGAGGCUUAGGUCUGCCCCAAACAGGGUCUUCGGAUUUUAACUGCAGGCAAAACUGGUCCCUAGCAAGAGGCUAACAGGUUACCAGUUCACCCUGACCAGAAUGUGUCUUUUAUAACCCUCCUCGUUCCUUGUCUCUCCCAUUCAAGUUAUUUUUUCCUGUUUCCCAGAAGAGAGAAAUAAAAGGAAGUUAUAAAUGACCAAGAAUGAUCAGCAGGAGCCCCGAGCUAAAUCAAUGCCAUGUUUGUCUUUUUUUUUCAAAGGGAAGGGAGCCGUGGCUGUCUCCACAUAAUACUAAAAUUUCAGUGAAAAAACAAAAGUACAAUUGGUUGUUUGGUGCAUGUGGAUCAAACAGCCAGCCCAUUGACUUGUAACCUUCUCGACUGACCCUCUCAGCUUCUAACCCCAUGUUUUCAUCCUCUUCCACACUCCUCACCUCUGCCAUAUUUUUUAUGGCACAAAAAUAAUUUCUGUCCUUAUGACUGUGCCACAGUUGCCAAGGUAACAGUGGAGCUGGAGCUAACUUCCUUUUAUCCUUUUCACUUCUUCUAUUCCAGUAGGCAGAAUAAUGCAUUCUGUGCUACACCCUGCCUUUUGAAACCUGAGUGAGUUUUAGUUGAUGAAAUGUUGUCUUUUCUGGUUCAUUCACAAAACUGUGGCGGUCCUGAGAGCCUGCUGUUAGGGGGUAAUAAUACAUCAAGUGAUCAUUUGAAUUUAACAAAUUAUCAGUUGGUGGGGGGUGGGGAGUAAGAUAAGAAUGUAUUAGUGCAUUUUAAUGUAAUAACAAUUAAAGGAUAACUAAACAACUCUGAUUUGUUUUAUGACAUAUAAUGUGUUAAAGCCAUUUGUGCCUCCACGGGAGUCCUAGAGAGCACGAGAUUGUUAUCACACUAAGAAAGGGCUGAUUGUGCAGUGGCAUUCAAUUUUGUCCUAACUGAGCAGACUGACCCUUGCUUCAUAUCCUGUAAAAGUUGCCUCAUGGAAUCCAAGUGCUGCUACCUCUCUCCAUGUUGUGCCCUCAUCAACAACAAACAUGUUUUCUCUUUUGCUUCCUAAGUAACUUUGAAAGUACAUGAUAGGCAAAGAUUUUUCUCAGCAUCACUUUCGGCUGAAAGAAUAUUUGUCCCAAGGAUGCAGAGAACAGAGAAACAGGAGCCCAUUAUUCAUGACCUGUGCAAUACAGCAGUACCGCAUGGAAACGCAGGGGACAGAGAAAUGACGACAGGGCACCCAGCCCUCGGGGGAACUCUGCUGCGCUGUACCCUGGAAAACCACAGGAUUUUUGCAUUAGAAAGUUGAAUGUGUUCCUGCAUUUCAAUAAUGUCUAAUCAAGUAGCAGGCUAGAAUCUAAAGAAAUUUGUUAUUAAUUCUUUUUAAUAUUAUGUUCUGUUAACUGUGCAUAUGAAAUUUCCACUCAACUUAAAAAUCCAGUUUAUUUUUUAAUGUCAUGGAACAAAUUCCUUCUGGUUAUAUUGUUAGUUGCACUAAUCAAUUCUCUUAAGGUAAAUUCUGGCAAACUGCUCUUAUUUUUAAUUACAGUAUGUUCAUAUUCCUGCAAACUUUGUUUGGCAAAUUCCAAAGAAAAUCAUUACAGGCCAUUUUUAUAUCUUAGGAAUGAAUGCAUCAUAUGGGCAUCUCGAAUUGCAAAUUGAGGAACUAAGUUCCCAGAACCCUCCUCGGUAUCUCCAGCCUCUGGGUCCCAGACUGAUGCCUCUGUCUCUUCCUCCUAACCUGGCCAAUCGGUGGUGCAGCCCCAAGCCCCUCUCCUUUUUUCACCACUUUUUUUAUUUUUAGAGAUUUCAAAGUUGAAACUUCUAAAUUGAAAGGUCACAAUGAACACCCAUAUCCCUUUAACUGAAAUCCAUCAGUUGCUAAUAUUUUCCACAUUUUCUUUUCUCUCUCAGAGUAUAUUCAUUCUUAUUGCUGAACCAUUUGAAAAUAAGUCUCAGACAUCAUGAAACUUUAAAAUACUUCACGUUUUUCCUAAGAAUCUGAGCAUUUUCCUACCAAUCUGCAAUAUCCUUAUCAUAUGCAAAAGAUUAAGCAUCUAUCCUGUGUGUAUCUAAGACCCGUAUUCAGAUUUUUCCAGUUGUCCCUGAAAUGUUCUUUAUAGCUGCUGCUGCUGCUGUUUUUUUUUUUUUUGAUCCAGUAUCCAAUCAAGAAUCACAUAUUGCAUUUAGUUGUCCCUCUCUUUCAUUUUCCUUUAAUCUAUUAGCGUUCCCCUGCCAUAAGGCCAGUUUAUAUGUAGAAUGUUCCACAAUCUGGAAUUUUUUCCUGAUUGUUUCCUCAUGAUUAGAUUCAGAUUAAACAGUUUUUGGCAAGAAUACUCCAUAAGCGAUAUUGUUUCGUUCUUAUUGCAUCGCAUCUAAUGUCUAGUUGUCUCUUCUGUGAUGUUAAGAUUGACCAGCGGGUUCAGAUGUUGUCUGCCUGAUCAUUCAUUAUAAAGUUCCCUCUUGGCUAUGAAGUCAUGAAGCUCAGUACACCCAACGUUUUAUCGAGUGUAAGGCUAUGCAUAUAUCCAUUCCUUUCUUAAUAUUCUCAAAGAGGUCCAGGAUCCCCAAAAGAUUAAAACCAUUGCCAUUAGAUGACGUAGCAGUAACAAAGGACUCAUACCUUUCCAUUAACAGAGGGAGAGGGAAGCAGGAAGAUUCUCCGUGCAGGUGAUACAUUAGUAUCUUGGCUAAUGAGGAAAAUGUAGUCAGUUUUCAACUGUAUGUAAUUGUUUUUUUUUUGCUCAGGACAUAAACAGAUAGAAAGCAUAGAAGUGGUUUUAAAAUUUCACGGGGAUGGGGGUAUGAUUAGAAAUAAAAUGUCUAAAAAGCUUCCUUAGAUAAUAAAAAAAAAUAGGGGGAGAAAUACUGAUUUAGAGUCAGUUUCUGCUUCCUAUGCAUGCUAUUGAUUUUCUCUUCCUGAGAUGUUUUCUCAUUUCUAAGGGUGCAGUCUUUGAGCCAAGAGGGGUGGAAGUAACUUAGAGAGAUUUCUUAAUACAUCCCUCCUACUUUCCCAAAUCAUGUCAGGAGCAUUCCAAGUGAAAACACUUAUUCUCCCGUCACAGAUCUGCAGGCAUAGAUAUUCCAUAGCAUCCUUUUGUAUAAGCCACUGAACACUGGACAACAUCUGAAGUCUUCCCAUUCAACUCAAGUCAAACUAUUAUCUUUGAAUUUCAGCAUAUAUUUUUUAGUGUUUCACGUUAAGAAAGAUUCUGAGACUAUAUAUCAUAAGUAAAAAUAUAAUAAAAAACUUAAUUUGCGUAUCCGUUAAAUAUUUGAAGACUUACCAAUUGUCCUUCAGCCUUCUUCCUUCCAGAGUUCUUGCAACUAUAGCAAUAUCUUUGAAGUCUUGUUGCCUGUUGUUAAUCAUUUCUGUAGCUCAACUUGGAACCUUCCCAGAGCUCUCCAUGCCACUCUCCUUUAUGCUCAUGAGCAACAGUGAACACAAUAAGAAAUUAUUUCAUGCUUCCUCCAAAGUGUAUUGUGUCUUUGCUAAAUCCUGACUUGCUUUUUAUACCUUUACAGAUUUUCUAUUUUAUUUGCCAGUACAAGUCUUUAUAUUAUAUUCAGCCAUUUUAGUUUACCUUCCUGGGUUUCCUUCCUUCCUAAUAUACUUCAUCAGAUUAGACUGUUGUUUUGUUUUGUUUGUAAAAUCGCCUCUUUAAUUUGGCAAGACAUUAAGGAUAGAGUUCCUCUCAUCUUUGGUAAUUUAUGCCAAUCUGUCAUCCUGGUCACUGAUGGAAGCACAUCACUUCCUAUGGUCUUUAGCUCAUGUCUUCCUCACCCCAUGGGUAUCACACUGUGAGAGAAAAAAAGAAAUCAGGAAAAGAAUGGCUAUGUCUUCAAGAAAUGUGUACAAAGCUGCAAUCUCUAAAGGCAGCCAGAGACAUCGUUUGGAUAACAGUGUUGUCAUUCUUGCUUUGAUCUUUUUGGUCCGUGAUAAAAUAGGUGAUUCUCUUCUAUAAUUAGCCAAACAAAGUGUAUUUUUGAAACAGUUAUUUUUUUUCUCCUGCUUUAAAAAAAUAUAUCAACAAAAAACCUUUACAACAGACUAUUUCCCUCUAGGCAGAUUUCAUUCUGGGUAGGAUUUUCUAGGAAUAAAUAAGGAUUUUCAGAAUUUUUAGAGGGAAGAGUCCUUUUUUAAUCAAACAAGCUGUUUGACUAACUUUUAGUAUUUUUAAUUCAAAGUUUUCCAGUAUUUUUUAAUUGUAUCAGAAAAAAAAUGUUUACUAUAUCUUUAGUUCCAUCUUGUGAUUAAAUUAAGAGUUUGACUAAAAGAAAAACAGACUAACAAUUAAAUCAAUUAGGGAAGCAAGAAAAAAUUAAAGGAUAUUUAUGAAAUCAGCUUUAUUGUGAGCUUAGGAAUUCAAAUGUCACAAAUAAACAACAUGUAACUAUCA